UGUCAGCUCAAAAUUGUCUUUUGUCCUCCAUUUUUUCUGUUCUCCAAGGAGAAAGUGAGCCUUAUCUGGUUAAUUCAUAUCCAGAAUUCGUUUAAACCCACAAAGACCUUCUUGUUCCUCUCAUUCCAAAGAUUCGAGCUUUGGUUUCAGGGGAAAAAAACCCAUUGCUCAUUUGUCUGUACAAUGGCGAGUUGUUCAAGCUUCACUACCAUUUGCUCUCUUAAUUCUCCAGAUAAACCAGGAAUUAUUGGGAAUUCAGUUCCUGGAAGGGUUAUUCAAGUCAGCAAAGUUUUCCAAUCCUCAAAAGUUUCAAAGUCUCGGUCUUUGGAGGUCAAGGCGACAGAUGGUAACAAAACUGUCAAACCAAGGAGCAUAGUCUGUACCAACUGCGAGGGCAAUGGUAAAACCCGAAGCUACAUUCAGACAUCCAGUGCCAACUUUGAUCCUUUUUUAUCCUCUUCUCCUGGUAGAAUGAAAAUCAUGAAUGUAAAUUAAGAUGAACUUUCCAUUAUAAAAAAAAAUUAAGAUGAACCUUCACAUCAAGCUUGUCCUUGUAACAUGGAUCAUCUGUUGUCACUGACAGCCACACACAAAUUCCUCAUCUCUAAGAUUCCUCCACUGAUGCAAUAUACCUGUUGGAUUAUGAAUAAUUUCAAUGCGAAGUAAACUCUCUGGCUUCAUACCAAUUUGUUUCUGCUUUGUUCAAAAUUUUCAGGGGCUGUAGCAUGUUCCCAGUGCAAAGGCUCGGGAAUCAAUUCCGAGGACCACUUCAAUGGGCGGUUUAAAGCCGGUGGAAUGUGCUGGUUAUGCAGAGGUAAAAGGGAGAUGUUGUGUGGGAACUGCAACGGAGCUGGCUUUGUUGGGGGACUCAUGAGCACUGCCGAUGAUUGAAAAGACGAAACGCAUCUACGGUGGACAACUGCGGAAAUGUGGAAAGAGUUAACAUGUCAAUUCAGUAUUACUACUCACAGUCACAGAGAUUAAACUGCUGUACUCGUGAUAUGAUAUCAAGAACGCAGAUUGUAAUGCAAAGCAUUGUUCAUGUUUUUGGUUACAUUUCUUAUCCACGUUUUAGAGAGUUUGUACUCCAGCU